CAUUCAACCACCAACAUGAGAGUACUCGGCCAAGACAGGACAAUCAGCAUCAUCGACCCGUCGGAAAUCCACCGUCCGGAGCCGAAAUUCGCCAAGAAACCCGUCGAGAAGUUCCGUGACUACACCGUGGACGAGAACGAUCCGAUCAAGGAGCGGGUACGCAGGACCUACAAGGAGAUGCACACGCACCAGACGGUGGACUUCGUCCUGUCCAAGAUCGACGAGUGGACCAAGUUCGACCACUUCAAGGCGACGAUGCGCCAGGCCCUGGAACGUCUCAACGAGCUGGUGGACGAGAGCGAUCCGGACGUGGACAUCCCCAACAUCGUGCACGCCUUCCAGACGGCCGAACGCAUCAGGAAGGACCACCCGGACGACGACUGGUUCCACCUCACGGGGCUGAUACACGACGCGGGCAAGGUGUUGGCCUUCUACGACCAGCCUCAGUGGUGCGUCGUCGGUGACACCUUCGUCGUCGGCUGCGAGUGGAGCGACAACAUCGUCUACAGGGACACGUCCUUCGUCGACAACGAGGACGGUCAAAACCCCAAAUACAACACCAAGUAUGGUAUUUACAAGCCGAAUUGCGGCCUGGACAACCUGCUGAUGUCCUGGGGCCACGACGAAUAUCUGUACAGGGUCUUGGUGCACAACAACACCAAACUACCAAAGCAAGCCCUGAACAUGAUACGUUUCCACAGCUUCUACCCGUGGCACUCCGGCGGUGAUUACUCCCAUCUUUUGAAAGACGAAGACGAGGAAACGAGACAGUCGGUUCUCAAAUUCAACCAAUACGAUUUGUACACUAAGAGUGCUGAAAUUCCUGACAUCGAGAAAUUGUGGCCUUACUACGAAAGUCUCAUUGAAAAGUACAUUCCGGGUGUUUUGGAAUGGUGAAUGGUCUUUGUGUGUUGUACAAGAGGCACAUUUAUUGAUAUUUUAUGUAUAAUCAUGGAAAUAUAUACAAAAUAUUAUUUUAACCGUCCUCUAUAUUCUUAUUUUAUUUUAUUGUAUUUUCUUUAUCUGUAUUAUAAAAUUCUAAAAAUAUUAUUAUAUAAGACAGUAAUAAAUAUAUUGCUGUCUUAUUAUCGUUUUGUUUUGUAAAUAUGAUUUUGUUAUAAAAAAUCAAUUAUAAGUGCUUUUGGAAUAUUUCAAAUAUUCUUUUUUGUAUUAACAAAAAUAAACUAUUAUUUUGACAAUCAUAUUUUGUAUAUUUUAUUAAUAA